ACCUGAGUUAUAAACACAGGAAGGAUCCCAAAGCACUAAUCACAAACUACCAGAAAAAAGCCAACAGGCAUCUGCAAGAGACGCAAUGACCUCCAAUAACGCUGAACUGCCAGGAGAGGUGAAGGGCGACCCGGCUGAGCUCAUGGCAUCUCUACAUCUGAUGCCCACACCGUUACCCAAUCCUGAGAUCAAGUACAAUAAGAUUUUCAUUAAUAAUGAAUGGCAUGAUUCUGUGAGCGGUAAAGUCUUCUCAACAUAUAACCCAGCUACAGGGGAGAAGAUCUGUGAUGUCCAGGAGGCAGAUAAGGCCGAUGUGGACAAAGCUGUGCAGGCCGCACGUGUUGCCUUCUCUCUGGGUUCUGUAUGGAGGAAGAUGGACGGAUCUGAACGUGGGAGGCUUUUGUUCAAACUGGCUGACUUGGUGGAAAGAGACCGGAUAUACAUUGCUACCCUGGAGUCUAUGGACAGCGGCAAACCUUUCCUCCCCUCCAUCUUUGUGGACCUUGAGGGAACCAUUAAGACGUUUCGAUAUUUCGCUGGAUGGGCAGACAAGAUCCACGGUUCCACAAUUCCUACUGAUGGAGGAUAUUUUACUUUCACUAAGCAUGAGCCAAUUGGAGUGUGUGGACAGAUCGUUCCUUGGAACUUCCCCCUGUUGAUGACAGCAUUUAAAUUGGGGCCGGCGCUGAGCUGCGGAAACACUGUUGUCCUUAAACCUGCUGAGCAGACCCCUCUCACCUGCCUGUAUCUCGGAGCCCUGAUCAAAGAGGCUGGGUUUCCACCAGGAGUCGUCAAUAUUUUGCCAGGCCACGGGCCAACUGCGGGAGCCGCGAUCUCUUCGCACAUGGGCAUAGACAAAGUGGCGUUCACAGGAUCGACUGAGGUAGGCCAGUUGAUCCAAGAAGCAGCAGGAAAGAGCAAUCUAAAGAGAGUCACACUAGAGCUGGGGGGAAAGAGUCCCAACAUCAUUUUUGCAGAUGCCGAUUUGGACCAGGCGGUCGAGCAGGCCCAUCAGGGUGUGUUCUUUAAUAAUGGUCAAUGCUGCACGGCUGGCUCCCGAAUCUUUGUCGAAGAGCCCAUUUAUGAAGAGUUUGUGCGCAGAAGUGUUGAGAGAGCCCAGAGGAGGACUGUGGGACAUCCCUUCGAGCCAACCACCGAGCAGGGACCUCAGGUCAGUGCCGAGCAGCAGAAUCGUAUACUGGAGCUGAUUCAGAGCGGAAUUGCAGAAGGAGCUAAACUGGAGUGUGGUGGUAAAGCGCUACCAACUAAAGGCUUUUAUAUUGAGCCCACAGUCUUCUCGGAUGUACAGGACCACAUGCGCAUCGCCAAGGAGGAGAUAUUUGGGCCAGUUCAGCAGAUUUUAAAGUUUAAAACCAUUGAAGAAGUGAUUGAGAGAGCCAACAACACAGACUAUGGUCUGGCAGCAGCUGUCUUCACCAAAGACCUAAACAAGGCCAUGACCGUCUCUGCGGCUGUGCAGGCCGGCACUGUAUGGAUUAACUGUUAUAAUGCCAUGAGCUGCCAGUGUCCUUUUGGAGGAUUCAAGAUGUCUGGGAACGGUCGAGAACUGGGGGAGUACGGACUAAAGGAAUACACGGAGCUGAAAACCAUUACGAUGAAAAUGUCAGGGAAGAACUCUUAAAGCACUGACAUUUAUUCUAGUAAAGGGAAGUCCUUCUCUGAGGUUAACCACUAGCCCAUAUCCAUUGGUUCUCAAUAGUGGUAAAAACCACACAGUAACCACCCAUCACUUCUGCAUUGGAGCGCCUCUUCUUCUGCAUUUUCAUGGGCUGUUAUCAUGAUCUACCCAACCAUCUCCAUUAGCACAGUCUCCAGUGUCCACUAGCAGUAUUCAUGUCCAAUGUCACCAUUAACAGCCCACACCCAUUCCAGCUGUGGCCUCUUUUUGCCGGCUCCACUAACCAUACUAAAGCACUCGGAGUCACGGUGAAGAAAGGCUGCGCUUUUGACCACUGCACCAGCAACGUGCAGACACUAACAGACUACGACUGCUCUCUCUGAUGACUCUGUUUCAACUCCUGUACGAAGCGUGAUUGUUUUUACACGCUGCUUUGCUAAAGGAGCUCUGUUGUCUUUGAGCAGGGAGGGAUGUCAUUCUUAAACCUCAUCAAUAACUUGCCUUUCCACUGGGUAGAAUUCUAGUAGGCAUUUUAGUUCCCAGACAGCAGAUGACUCUGGGCCGGAUCCGCACCGGAGCUGCCGACUUCCGUGCGGAUCCGGUGCUCAUCCAGCCCGGAGUCGUCUGCUGUCUGGGUUUUUACUAAGACCACUGAAGCUCUCUUGUCUCAGAAAAGAUUUUUUUUUUCUCUAAAUUGUAUUAAUUCUAUAUUUGUGUAAUUGCUUUGAUUUUCUUUUCAUUGUCUUAAUGCUUUUAUAAUGUAUAACUUUGUCAAUGUCUCACCCUUACAGAAAUCUGAUAAUGAAAAUACAUGUAAAACACAUAUAUAAUCAGUGGCGGCUCGUGACUGCUCAUCCGAGGGGCGCAAAUUCAAAAUAAGUGUUCGGAGCGUGUGUUGCUCGUGUUUUCAAAAUAUGUGUUUGUUGCGUCAUGUGAACCAUGUGCAUCACGUGUUUUGUCAAAAUAAGUGCCUGCUGCACACACGUCAAAACCAUUUAAAAUGAUAAAAGAGACGCUCACGUUCACAAAAUACACGCAAGACACUCCCUUAACAGUAAACUCUGAUUACACAUGAGAUUAUACGAGUAUCUGGCAAACAAGCGUAUCUUUUAUCAUAAACCCUUACAGUUAUUUUUACAAGACACAUGAUGCACACAGGUUCAUUCGACACGCAGAACACAUAUUUUGAAAUAAGGAACCACACACAUAAUGGGCUACAUACAUGUUGUGACGAACUUCACAUCGAGCGCCCUCGAAAAAAGAAGUCACCGGCUGCCACUUUAUAUAAUGUAUAUGAGGAGCUCAGAUGCAAAAUGUCACCUUUGUCAAAAAUUAGAUAAUGAUAUUUACCGAAUGCUCUCGGUGCGCAUUAUACAUUAAUCAAAUACUUUUGCUUCAAUCUUAAUCCUUGCCUCAAGUCAUUCAGAAAUACAGGUUUGUUGGCAAAAUUUGAAGUCUGAUAAAAAUUCACAUUUACAAUAAAACAUGUCAGAUGUACUUAGAGGGUUUAAAUCUGAGCUCUUCAUACACUGUAAAAAAAUUCCGAAGAAAUUGCAGCUGGGUUGCCGGUAACUUACCGUAGAUUUAAAUGUAUGUUUUUUACUGGCAACAUUUUGGUCAAAGUAAAAUGAACAUUAAACAUUUACAAGUCUUUGUCUUUACAGAGUAAAACUAAAAAAACAGCAUCAAGCAAAACAUUCUGGGAAACAAAAUCUGAAGCAAAAAAACAAAAAAAGGUUGAUGAUGAUUUCUGGUUCCCAGAAUGCUUUGCAUGAGGCUGUUAUUGUAUAGUUUUAUUCUGUAAAGAUAAAGACUUGUUAAUAUUUAAAAUGUAUUUAACUUUGAACAAACUCUUGCCAGUAAAUAACAUAAAUGUAAAUCUACGGUAAAUUACCGGCAACACAGCUGCAAUAACAUGUAAUUUCUACAGAAUUUUUUUACAGUGUAUGUAAAUAUGUUUGGAUUUCACAAAACGUCACAUACGUGUACAUAUAUUGAACUAAAAUUGCAAAAGAAACUACAAGUUGCCAUUUUUAUAAAAAAAUGUCACAUGAAUGAAAUUACAAUGUUUCAUAUUUUAUAUAUGUGUUUUUAAAUGUCUAUACAUCGGAUUUCUGUAAUGGAUUUACCUCAAAAAAAUCUAUGUUGACAAAUGAUUUCUCGUUGAUGCCCAUUUAUUGUCAGGUUUAAAAAUUAUGUACUAUGAAUAUAGAAGUAAAGAUAUAAUAUGAGUUUGUCAUUAAAAUGUUUUACUCAAAA